AUGUAUAAGGCACGCCGAGCUCGCCCAUCAGCUUCUCUACAGCGCAAGUUAGCCAAUGCACCUCCAACCCGCGACGAUCCAGCUAUAUCUACCCAUCUCGCGGUUCUCUGCCUUGAGGCAGACCAGACACGGGACCAUGCCCAACACCCAGGUGCCCCAGAUGCGCUGGGGGCCGCAGUUGCGGGCGCGCUCGAUACCCCCACCGGGGUUGCGGCUGCACGCCUCCGUGACGCGGAAGCACGUCUUGCCCUCAUCGAGGCACGUCGGGCGCGAGCAGCACACGAUCUCUAUGCUCAGCAUGCACAUCUACCUCACCUGUCAGCACUGUUCCCUGCUGUCUGCCGUACCAAGAUAGGUGGUAUAGGCGCGCAGACAAGCUAG